UAGUUGAGACUAAAUCACGGCCGUAUGUUUAUCAUUUUGUAUCUAUCUUUAAAGUCCUGACUUAUUCAAGCCAUUUGUGGAUGUGAUAAAGCUGCUCGUGCUUAUUAGUAACUAACAACUUUACUCUUCACACCAAUUCAGUUCAGUAGCCUACUGUUGGAGUAACGUUAACUGAAUAAUACUAUUGUUUAUUUCGAGUCCGAGGGCCUGUAAGACACGCUAGAAAGUGAGUAAUUCAAGUAAAUAGUGAUUACGUGCUUAGUUGAGACGCGAAUUGUUUAGAACGAUUCAGUCCGAUUUGGUAAAGAACCGGUUCUAAAGAAAGGGAUAGGCUGAACUAAAGCACGUGCGCACCCAUUACCAACAAAACACAGACAUCAGUUUAUCGAGCACAGAAAUACUACGUAAUACGCCCAACUCAUUUUUUGACAAGUUGACCAUGUUAAGCAUGAGAAGACAGCACGUUUAACAUUGUAAAGAAGUCAAAAUGCAUGAAACACCGUUGCACGGCCGCUUUAAGGACCCGAGUGAUAACGCUUCAAUCUGAUGAUGACUUAAGUAUUGCUGGACAACACGGAUGAAAACUACAUUAAAUGUACAAGUUGAUUUUUAUUCACACGCAUUGUGCCGUGCGAUUGAUGUCAUUUGCGCUCGUCUGGGAAACCGAUUUACUUCCGAUAUGUUGUAAGUGAAAGUGGUGAACGGAAUGAAGUUGAGGAGAAACAUCAGCGUCUGAAACUUUUUAAUAUUGUAAUGCUCCAAAAUGUCUUCUAGUAGUUUGCAGAAGAACAAGAUUUUCUUAACAAAAGCAAAGCAAGGAACGGAAGCAAGCAAGUCUUUUACCUGCCCUCACUGUGGAAAAAGUUUCAAAUACAAAAGUCUACUUGAGAAGCACAUGAGAACUCACUCUGAAGAACGACCAUACAUAUGUCUUGAGUGUGGAAAGAGUUUUAAAUGUAAAUCAAAUCUUGAGGCGCACAUGAGAAUUCACACUGGAAAGCAACCAUGCACAUGUCCUCAAUGUGGAAAGAGUUUUAAAUGCAAAAGUAAUUUUGAGGAGCACAUGAGAAUUCACACCGGAGAGCGCCCAUACACAUGUACUCAGUGUGGAAAGAAUUACAAACACAAAGGUCAUUUCGAGGACCAUUUGAGAAUUCACACUGGAGAGCUCCCAUACACAUGUACUCAGUGUGGAAAGAGUUUCAAACACAAAGGUCAUUUCGAGGACCAUUUGAGAAUUCACACUGGGGAACGCCCCUACAUAUGUCCUCAGUGUGGAAAGAGUUUCAAUAGAAAAUCAUCGCUUGAGGACCACAUGAGAAUUCACACUGGAGGACGCCCAUACGCAUGUGCUCAGUGUGAAAAGAGUUUCAAUAGGAAAGCAACACUUGAGGUGCACAUGAGAAUUCAUACUGGAGAGCGCCCAUACAUAUGUCCUCAGUGUGGAAAGAGUUUUAUAUACAAACAUCAUAUUGGGGAGCACAUGAUAACUCACAAUGGAGAGCGGCCAUACAUUUGUUCUCAGUGUGGAAAGAGUUUUUUAUACAAACAUCAUAUUGGGGCGCACAUGAGAAUUCACACUGGAGAGCGCCCAUACGUAUGUUUUCAGUGUGGAAAGAGUUUCAGUAGGAAAGCAACACUUGAGAAGCACAUGAGAACUCACACUGGAGAGCGCCCAUACGUAUGUUUUCAGUGUGGAAAGAGUUUCAGUAGGAAAGCAACACUUGAGAAGCACAUGAGAACUCACACUGGAGAGCGCCCAUACGUUUGUUUUCAAUGUGGAAAGAGUUUCAGUAGGAAAGCAACACUUGACAGGCACAUGAGAACUCACACUGAAGAGCACCCAUACACAUGUCAUCAGUGUGGAAAGAGUUUGAAAUGCAAAGCAACGCUUAAGGGGCACAUGAGAACUCACACCGAAGAGCACCCAUACACUUGUCCUCAGUGUGAAAAGAGUUUCAAACGCAAAUCAACGCUUGAUGUGCACAUGAAAAUUCACUCUGAAGAACGGCCAUACACAUGUCCUCAGUGUGGAAAGAGUUUCAAGCAUAAAUCAAAUUUUCGAGAGCACAUGAUAAUUCACACUGGAGAGCGCCCGUACACAUGUCCUCAGUGUGGAAAGAGUUUCAAUAGGAAAUCAACGCUUAGGAUGCAUAUGAGAAUUCACACUGAAAAGCAUCCAUGAAGAAGAUUUUUAGGGAAAUCCGCAGCCCUCUGCGCUUUGUAUAAUGGAUGUAAAUGGGUGCUAGAUCUCUAAGUUCUAAGAGCACAUAUAGCCAACAUGAUAGAUCGUAGGAUCUAAAUUCCUUAAAAGCUCCCUUUGUGUGUGUGUAUUUUCUAAAGAUUACGAAAUUCUGAGGUACAGGCAUACAUUUAGUGUUGUAUUAAAUUUCUUAUUCUUGCCUUUCUUUUUUUAUUAUUUACUAUAUAUUUAGUUUAUUAGUUACAGAUGUUUUUCAUGUAUUCUGUAUUACAUUUCUUGCUGUUUCUUUUUUUUCAUUUUACUGUAGUCUCAUUCUCAGGGUUCAUAAUUAAAGUCACAAGACAAUAUUGUGAAGCAGUAAUUUUCCACAGCCUGUGCUGGUAUAAUAACACAUAAUGAAUCAGUUUCUAGUCAGACGAAGUCAGCCAGAGUUCGCUCUUCUAUAGAUGGAGUUUAGAAUAAGUGAUGGAGCUCCAGACAGAGUUCUAGACGGAGCUAGAAUAAGCAUCUAAAUGCAACCCUGAUUUUCCCUUAACGUUCCCUAAUGCUCAUUUAUUAUAACAUCAACUUGGUCUCAUGCCUCCUUUUCCCUCUUCAUCUCUGACAGUAGACAUCCUAAGUCUGCAGGAUAGUUAUAUUUAUCGCUUUUGGAUUCACGAUAAUGGAAUGGUAUCAUUUUGGAUCAAUAACAAGAUAGUAAAAUGUUUGCAUACUAUCUGUCCUAAUUAAUAUUGUAAUAUUUUUUUGUUAAGAGUUGUUAAUGUGAAAAUUAUUUAUUUUGGCUGGUCUGUUCCACCAUAUCACACAGUGAUGUUCAGUGAACAAAAAAAUAUAUAAUUCCUAUAAUCCUGCAAGUAAAGGGACCACUGAAUGUGAUGAACUGAAUGAAGUUGAAGAGAAACAUCAGUGUCAGAAACCUCUGAAUCUUGUUUUGUUAGAAAUAUCUUCAGAAGAGCAAGACUUUCUUCCCAAAAAGAAAGCAAAGAACAGCAGCAGGCAAGCCUUUCACCUGCCCUAAGUGUGGAAAGAGUUAAGACAAACCACAUCAUGAGGAGCACGUGGAAAUGUUAUUGACAGAGUUGUCCUUAAGCCACCCCUGCGUUGUUUCAGCUUUGAGCUUCAGUUUAGUGAUGAAAAUGAAUAAUAUGCGCCAGAACACUGACACGUAUGAAGUAAACGGCGUCAGUUUCAUUUUUAUGUUGUGUAAAAACGUUUGAAUCAAUAUGUUCUUGUUGUUUUCUUCUAAUCUUCACAGUUCUAACCUGCAUGUAAACCUAAAAUCAUAAGUCUAAAAAGAUGAUUGACAAAAUAAUCUCAGCUGUAAAGUGACUGAUAGAUACGGUCUUCUAUUAAUGUAAUAUUUUGAAAUAUGCUACUACAUCAUACCUAAAUAUAAUUAAAAUGAUCACAUACAUCUAUCAGUGGUGGUUGUCCAACAUUUAUUUCAAGGCAGCGAUAACUAAGUGCACAUUUUUCUGUUAUUAUUUUGAUGUUUGACAUAAGUGGUAAAGAUUUUUAUUAACUG